GGCCCCGGAAGGCUCCGCAGACCUUCAGGUCGUCACGGGCUGCACUCGUGGGGUCUAGUUAAUCUUCGGCUUGUCCUUCCUUCCUGGUGUGAGCGGGAGCCGAGUUGGUGGGUCCCGUAGCUCUUUUAAAAUAUACUGUGUUGACGUCAAAUGCAGGAACGGGGCAGUCUUGAUUCCUCGGCGGGUGUACCGUGUGCCCGUGGCAUAGCACGAGGCAGUCACGUCAAGGAGAGCGACUCACGAAGGAGGAAAAGGAAAGGAAUAAUGCCGUCAGCAUGUCCGCACACUCCAUGCUCUGUGAACGAAUCGCCAUAGCCAAGGAACUGAUCAAGAGAGCGGAAUCACUUUCUCGAUCAAGGAAAGGUGGUAUAGAAGGUGGUGCAAAGCUGUGCAGCAAAUUGAAGGCAGAAUUAAAAUUCCUACAGAAAGUAGAAGCUGGGAAAGUAGCUAUUAAGGAAUCCCAUUUACAGAGCACUAAUCUAACACACCUAAGAGCCAUUGUGGAAUCAGCAGAAAACUUGGAAGAAGUUGUUAGUGUUCUUCAUGUCUUUGGUUACACAGAUACCUUGGGAGAAAAGCAGACCCUUGUGGUGGAUGUAGUUGCAAACGGUGGUCAUACGUGGGUGAAAGCCAUUGGCCGCAAGGCUGAAGCUCUACACAACAUUUGGCUGGGCAGGGGCCAGUAUGGUGACAAGAGCAUCAUUGAGCAGGCUGAAGACUUCCUCCAGGCCAGUCACCAGCAGCCAGUGCAGUAUAGCAAUCCUCACAUCAUCUUUGCAUUUUACAACAGUGUCUCCAGCCCCAUGGCGGAGAAGCUCCAAGAAAUGGGCAUAUCCGUGCGAGGAGACAUAGUAGCGGUUAACUCUCUGUUAGAUCACCCUGAAGAGCUCCAACCAAGCGAGAGUGAGUCCGAUGACGAAGGCCCUGAACUUUUGCAAGUGACCAGAGUAGACCGAGAAAAUAUACUAGCAAGUGUUGCGUUUCCAACAGAAAUUAAGGUUGAUGUGUGCAAAAGGGUAAAUCUGGACAUUACUACUUUAAUCACAUACGUAUCUGCCCUCAGCUAUGGAGGCUGCCACUUUAUCUUCAAAGAAAAAGUGCUCACAGAACAGGCCGAGCAAGAGAGGAAAGAGCAGGUGUUACCACAGCUGGAGGCGUUUAUGAAGGACAAAGAGUUGUUUGCUUGUGAAUCUGCUGUCAAGGACUUUCAGUCUAUUCUAGAUACCUUAGGAGGACCUGGGGAGAGAGAGAGGGCCACUAUGCUAAUUAAACAAAUUAAUGUGGUGCCAGACCAGCCUUCUGAGCGUGCCUUGAGACUAGUGGCCAGUUCAAAAAUCAAUAGCCGCUCAUUAACAAUUUUUGGGACGGGAGACACUCUAAAAGCCAUCACAAUGACUGCCAAUAGUGGUUUUGUCAGAGCUGCCAACAACCAGGGUGUUAAAUUUAGUGUGUUUAUCCACCAGCCCAGAGCGCUUACUGAGAGCAAAGAGGCCCUGGCCACCCCCUUACCAAAAGACGACACAACUGACAGUGAACACUAAUGAUAUCCUUUAAAUAUUGUCAUGGAAGUAAGUUACUUAUACCAAAGGCUGGGUCUUCCCAUCUUAAAUGGGGAAGAAAAAAGGUCUAUAGUACACACAACAUUUAGAACUCUUAAACCAGUAGAGUUGAUUGUGUGUGUCAUCUAUAAAAUAUAUAACCUCCUACAGCAGUAGCAAAAGCACAAGAGACAACCUUAUUUAUCAGACUGUCUACAUGAUAGCAGUUAAGAACAGAAAUACAUCUAUAUUAAAGCUUUUAGCUGUGUUGUGGUACUUUUGUUUGAUUGAGUAGGGCAACAGCCCCCUAGUGGUCAUCAGCAUUUCAUGGAAUAUGGCUACACUGCAUCUUGCAUUAAAUAUCUGGAGAAAACUCUUGAAGCUUGUUUUUCAUUAUGGUGAUUGAUCAGUUGAUGUGGGUUGAGGCUGGGAAGUAAUAGUUUAUGAUUAGUUUUAGAUUGUAAAGUUAUGGCCAUUAUCAAUGAAAAGGAACUUCCUUGGUUGCUAUGUGUCAGGCAUACUCUGGUGGUUAAGGAGUACAUUAAUGUAGAGGAAAAUAAAGUGAAUACUGGUCAUGGGAGUCCCAUGAGCCUAUGGAUACACCUUUGUGAAAAGAAAGGUAAGCAGCAGUCCCACUCCUGUAAAGCUGGGACAUUUAAGGCAAAAUCGUAAUUUGAAUAAAUGGUAAAAGAAUUAAGCAUUUAAAUCACAUUUUACUUUAAAGUACAAAUAGUUCCCAUAGUGCAAGUAUUUGACUUAUAAAUACUGCCUUUACUGUUUCUUUUGCAAGUGGCAAGUAACAACUGCAUUACUUCACUCUUGUGAAAUUGUGGUAGGGGAGAUUCCAUACUUGUUGCACGACACAAUUUGUAAUUAAAAAUAAAUUUUUAUGUCCACAUUG